AAUAAAAAGUUUUGGCGCAGUCAGCUAAGGGCAGAGGAUUUACAGGAAAGAACGAAAACUACACAAAUUACAUUCGAAAAAAAAAAAAUAAAAAAAAAAUAAAAAAAAUCGGCUCUAUCUUUUUACCACAUAAACUAAUAGCACCAACCCCAAGUACAAGGAAACAUGUCCGCUGCAUCGAAGAAUAACGUUGAAGAGGCUCAGCGCAAGGGCGACUUUACCAUCAAGCCAGAGUCUGCCACUCCUUCACUCAACACAGCUGACUGGCCAUUGUUGUUGAAGAACUACGAUAAACUCAAUGUCCGCACUGGUCAUUACACUCCUAUCCCUAGCGGAUGCUCCCCCUUGAGACGAGAGCUUACUGAGUACAUCAGGUAUGGUGUCAUUAACUUGGAUAAGCCUGCCAACCCUUCCUCGCACGAAGUUGUCGCUUGGGUCCGUCGUAUUCUUCGUGUUGAAAAAACUGGCCACAGUGGCACACUUGAUCCCAAGGUCACUGGAUGCUUGAUUGUUUGCAUUGAUCGUGCAACUCGUCUGGUCAAGUCUCAGCAAGGUGCUGGUAAGGAGUACGUCUGUGUUCUUCGUCUUCACGAUGCUAUCGAGUCCGAGAAGAAGCUUGCUCAGACCCUCGAGACGCUGACGGGUGCUUUGUUUCAGCGUCCUCCUCUUAUCUCAGCUGUCAAGCGACAACUUCGUAUCCGUACGAUUCACCAAUCCAAGCUCAUCGAAUUUGAUAACGAUCGUCAUCUGGCUGUUUUCUGGGUUGCUUGUGAGGCUGGAACAUAUAUGCGUACGAUGUGUGUGCACAUGGGCUUAUUGUUGGGCGUGGGAGGACAUAUGCAGGAACUUCGCCGUGUUCGUUCAGGACAUAUGGGAGAGGAAGACGACAUUGUGACGAUGCAUGAUGUUUUGGAUGCUCAGUGGAUGUAUGAUAACACCAAGGAUGAAUCGUACCUUCGUAGGGUGGUUCGUCCUUUGGAGACACUGCUGACAACAUAUAAGCGUGUGGUGGUUAAGGACAGCGCAGUCAAUGCCAUUUGCUAUGGAGCCAAGCUGAUGAUUCCUGGCUUGCUUCGUUACGAGUCCGGUAUUGAGGUUAACGAGGAGGUGGUGCUGAUGACUACUAAGGGCGAGGCCAUUGCAUUGGGUAUUGCUCAGAUGACUACGGCAGUCAUGGCGACUUGCGACCAUGGAGUGGUGGCCAAGAUCAAGCGUGUGAUCAUGGAGCGUGAUACCUAUCCUCGUCGCUGGGGAUUGGGGCCCAAGGCUCAGGAAAAGAAGAAGCUGAUUAAGGAUGGCAAGCUGGACAAGUACGGACGCACGACCGAUGCUACACCAGAGAACUGGAAGAAGGGGUAUGUUGACUUCAACCGUGAGGACGCUGCUGCUCCCAAUGCCGCUGCAAUUGCUUCCGCUGUCUCUAAUAUUACUGCUUCUGCCAAAGCAGAAGAUGACGAGGAAAAGAAGCGCAAGGCUUCUUCCAGUGACUCUGAAUCCGAGAAGAAGAAGGAGAAGAAGAAAGCCAAGACUGAGGAAAAGAAGGAGAAGAAGGAGAAGAAAGACAAGAAAGACAAGAAGGAAAAGAAGGAGAAGAAGGAAAAGAAGAGUAAGAAGGAGGAUUCUGAUUCUGAUUAAGCAUAUUUUAUCAUUAACAAUAUAUUAUGUUUUACUAUUUUUAUUUUAUUUUUAUGGUUAUCGUUCACAUCAUUUUCGCAUUACAAUAAACACUCGGGAGG